GGCAUUCCAUUAAAAAUUAAUUUCGAAUUUUGUGUACAUAUAUACUUUAAAGUUGGCAGUACUUAUACAAUUGCGUGGGCUUCAGCAGUGACAGAUUGUAUCUACUUUUACCAUGCCCUCUACUUGUGUUUUCGAAUUCGAUCGGCCCAAUCCGAUUUACUACAGCGGCGAAACAAUUAAUGGACGCGUUGUUUUAAAUACCACAAGCAACAAGUCUGUCAAUGAGGUGUACAUUCUGUUCGCCGGAGAGGGAAAAGUGCGAUGGGAGGAGCAACGCUCUCGCACCGUUAACGGUAAAACCCAGCGUUAUACAGAGUAUUUUCGGGGCACCGAAACGUAUUUGACCACUCGAACAAAUGUCUUCGGCGAGGGCGAAUUUCCGCUGGGAACGCACACUUACGUAUUCCAAAUACCCCUGCCACUGGACUGCCCGACGUCGUGUGUGGAGAAGUACGGCAAGAUCGCCUACGAGGUCUCACUCGUGGUGGAUCGUUCCUGGCGCUUCAAUAAUGAAUUCAAGCAGCCAAUAACUGUCUUGCAAUCCUAUAAUCUGAACAUGUAUCCGGAGAUGCUGAUACCCAUAAAAAAUGAGGAGAUCAAGUACUUUUGCUGCUGGCCCUGUUCCUCGGGUCCGGUCAUCUCAACGCUAACAAUACCCUUUGGUGGAUAUGCGCCAGGUCAGAGGAUACACUAUACCCUGCAUGUGGAUAAUCAGUCGCAUGGCUACGAUUUGCACGGAGUCGAAAUAUCCCUAAUACAAAUCUAUGAAUUCAAGGCCACAACGCCAAGAUACAAAACGCGCAAGCAUUCAAAUAUUCUCUUCGAAAAAUCGGAAUCCGAACAUGUGAGACGCCUAUCGAAGCGGCUAAUCACUGCCAGCCUCGACAUACCGCCCGUGCCGCCCUCAUCUCGAAAUAAUCGCAUUAUAAACGUGUCCUACCACAUUAAAAUGGCAAUUAAGACUGGGGAUUGCCAUUCGGACUCGGAGAUUGAAAUGCCUAUUGUAAUUGGCACUAUACCGUUAGCGCAAAGCGCGGAGAAUCCAACACAUGUGGCGGAGUGGAUACCCCAGACGCCGGAUACGCCAUCAGGCGCAGCGGCAGAUCUACCACCUACCUAUGAUAAUUGCAAACCACCUUCCUUUGAGGAAGCCAAGCAUAUUGGUGAUAAGUUUAUCGAUACGGACGUAAAUGAGCAUAAUCGCACCGAUGAUUUCAUACCACGUUAUCCCAUGUACACAAAUUUUGCAGUACCGACGGCACCACCAACGGAGGAUAUGCCGGGCGUGCCGCUUUUAUCACUGCCCCAUAAUCCUAGUGCACCCAGAUAUGUAGAAUAGGUGCUGAGCUUAGUUGUGAUCUACAAUGAAUGAAUCUGUUUGCAAUUAAUUUAAUAUUCAUUUUGUAUUUCAUUAUAUUAUUAUUACUAAUAUAACAUUUCUGUUAUAGAAUCUCGAAAUUAUACAAUCGAA